CCGCCGCGGUUGCCAGGUAGCGCGCGGUCCUUGGCUGCUAGCUGCGCGGGUUUCCGCUUGGUGAUGGGGCUGCGGGAUCUCCCGCCGCUCCUGCUCUUGCUCGUGGACUGCUGGGCCUCCGUGAGCGCCCAGGCCGGGGACACCCCGGUGGUGACGACGGAGGCCCUGAGCUCCACGAAGCCAGCCUCGACGACUUUCCGACCUGCUGUAUCUCCUAGGCCCCAUGAAACCCCCAGAGCUCCCAGGCCCUCCUCCGACCCCAGGCCCACCCCGGUCACGGACGUUGCUGCUCUGUGUGUCUGUGACUUGUCUCCAGCACUGUGUGAUGUCAACUGCUGUUGUGAUCCUGAUUGCAGCUCCGUGGAUUUCAGUGUCUUUUCUGCCUGCUCAAUCCCAGUUGUCAUGAGUGAUAGUCAGUUUUGUAGUCAAAAAGCAGCCAUCUAUUCAUUGAAUUUUACAGCAGACCCACCUCAGAGAGUAUUUAAACUUGUUGACCAAAUCAAUCCAUCUAUUUUCUGCAUUCACAUUACAAACUAUAAACCUGCAUUAUCCUUUAUUAAUCCGGAAGUGCCUGAUGAAAGCAAUUUUGAUAAAUUGAUGAAAACAUCGGAUGGUUUUUCAACGAAUGCAGAAUCAGAUGUUUCCUUGACAACCAAACCGGAUGCUCCAAAUACUGCAAAGUAUGAGUAUGGGGUUCAUCUGCAGACUUCACAUUCAUUUCUGAGAUUUCCUUCUCCCCUUACAUCAUCUCUGUGCACCGAUAAUAACCCUGCAGCAUUUCUGGUUAACCAAGCUGUUAAGUGCACCAGAAGGAUAAAUUUGGAACAGUGUACAGAAAUUGAAACCCUGAGCCUGGCUUAUUACAGCAGCCCUAAAAUUUUGAGGGUGCCUGGUUCAGGAACAAAGGUCCCUAUCACUGUUCAGUCCAUCAUCAUUCAAUCUCUAAAUAAAACACUAACCCGACUGGAAGACACUGACACUGAUGUAUUGAGGCCGCUGGUUCUUGUCGAGGCUGGGCAUGAUAAAAUCUGCACUAACAUCAUCCUUGAGGUGAAGUAUAUCCUCACGUAUACAAAUGCAGGUGAGAUAAUAAAAGCUGAUGUCUUUGUUCUUCUGGGAGCGGUUAGCAGUGCGAUGGUUCCAUUCCAACAAAAGUUUGAAAUUUAUUUUAUUCAGCAAAAUACAAAGCCAGUUCCUCUCAGUGGAAACCCUGGUUAUGUUGUGGGACUCCCGUUAGCUGCUGGAUUUCAGCCUCAGAAGGGGUCUGGGAUUAUGCAGACCACGAACAGAUACGGACAACUUACUCUUCUUCGUAGCACAGCUGAGCAAGACUGCUUAGCAAUAGCGGGGAUCCGGACCCCAGUAUUAUUUGGUUACAACAUGCAAUCUGGCUGUAAACUCAGACUGACCAAAGCUAUCGCGUGUAGGCUGGUAGCGCAGAAGGUGGAGAGCCUGCUGAAGGGCCAGGGCUUCCCAGAUUAUGUGGCCCCUUUUGGAAAUUCCCAGGCCCAGGAUGUGCUGGACUGGGUACCCGUCCACUUCAUCACCCAGACGUCCCACAUGAAGGAUUCUUGCCAGCUCCCAGUGGCGUUGGCUAUAGAAGUGAAGUGGACUAAAUACGGAUCCUUAUUGAACCCACAGGCUAAAAUCGUCAAUGUAACUGCAAAUCUGAUUUCAUCCUCGUUUCCUGAGACCAACUCAGGAAAUAAAAGGACAAUUCUUAUUUCCACUGCGGUUACUUUUGUGGAUGUGUCUGCACCUGCAGAGGCAGGCUUCAGAGCUCGCCCAACCAUCAAUGCUAGGCUGCCCUUUAAUUUCUUCUUCCCAUUUGUUUGACAAUCCGAGCUGGCAGCAGUGAGACAAAGCCAUCAAAGCAAACCUCUCCCCAACGUGGCCCCAGGAGGGGCGGCUGUCUUCCUCGUCACAAGCCCGUGAGGCAGGUCUUCCCUUUGGGGUGGGUGGAGCAGGUAUGCCUCUAGUUCACCUCACCAAGAAGUCCAUGCUGUCUCAAUAGCUUGUUAAGUCUUUCAAUUUCUUGUUCCUGUUAUUACAAAAAGCAGACAAAUAACUGAAUUUACCUUCUGAGCCUCACCAGGGAUGUGGCAGUCACACAGUGAGCCGCAGACACGCACAGGGAAGCAGAGCUGAAUGAAAGCCAUACUCCUCAUGCAAUCAGUCAGCCGGGGCCCAGCAGCGAUGGCAGUGAGGAGAGAGACCUGGCAAAGCUGCAGGGAAGGAGGCAACGCCUAAACUGAAUCCGAAAGGACAAGGAAGGCCUGACCGAGGGAAGUGGGCUCCAGGCUAAGGGCACUGAGUGAGCAGAGGCCUGGCCUGGAGAAGCUCAGUGCUGGAGGGAGGGAACGAUCUGUGUUCACAGAGGGCGUUUUCCCAGACACCUUCUUACCUUCUCAGAGCAGCUGAAUUCAAGGUGUUGGAUCUUGGUGGCCAGUUGUAUAUUUAUCUGUUUUAACCUUAGUAGCUGCCGUUCAGAACGUGUCUUAACCGAGAUAAUUAUCCCUGAAAAAUAAUUGCGAGGGUCUCCAUGAUACUGGUCUCUAAUUUAGCCCCUUGGGAAAAAAACUGUAUUCCUUACAAAUGUAUAACUGGGAAGAGUGGUGACAAGUAAAACAGUCAUCAUGGCUUAAAGUCAUCAGAACUAGGAGGGUCAGAGUUUUCAUUUCUGAGCUACUCAGUACCCAGCUGUGAAAUACUUCUUUGGCUUUUCUGGUGUGAGAAAUCCUUAAAAAUAAUCACUGACCAGAUGAAGGUUAAGCUCCUUAGUAGGGGGCAGUUCACAACAGUCUUGCUACUUAGCAGCAGUUGUUCAAAAGGCACUAAGUGCAAGCCUGGAAAUGCUCAAGCUUGGGGUUGGGACUGUCACUUUGCCAACUUUCUGCCUCCAGAGCUGUGGCCAGUUGUCAGACAAUGACCUGCAUCUUGGCUUGGGGGCUGGGGGGGGGGCUCCCAAAUGCCCACACCACACUGCAGACACGGCCUCAAAGACUGGGCUGCAGUAGGGCUGCUCCGCCCCUUUCCAAGUGUGAGUGACAGAGUCUGGACCUUCCCCCACACAUGUGGCGCCCACAAGGCCUGGGAGUAGCCGCCCCUGGUCCACAGUGUUCCUGGUUGUCUCACUGAAUCCGGUUUAGCCUUGUGUUGCUUCAGUCACGCUACUAAAUUUGAUAGCAGUGUAAUAACGGGCAAUAGCCAGUCAUAUGCCUCGCUGCCAUUUAGACAAAGAAAAUGAACAAAUCUCACAACAGUGUGAUGUAAGAGUACUGGGUAGUAACUGCUUCAUGAGUCAUUUAUAAUCAGUCAUGGUCUAUCUACCUCACAUAACCUUUGCAGAGAGUAUUUUUCUGUUAGAUUAGAUGAAAAAAUCGACAUAAGCAUCUAAAAUAUUAUCUGAAAAGCCUCCAUUAUUUCCUUUGACAGAACCCAAAUAAAGGUUCUUAAUAGGCUUUACUUUAAUCACUAGGUCUGAACUGGCCGCCCCCAAAGCCCACAUGCCCGACAGAGCCGCUCUCACAGCCCUUUCCCCGGCCAGGUGGCACCACAGCAGGCGGCCACAGCAGGGGAUGGGCCUGCUUCCAACAGGCUGCACUGUCGCUCAGUCAGUCUCCUGACAGCGACCCACAGCCCGUCGUGUUGGGCACUAGUCUAGGGAUUCCCAACCCUGCUGGACACCCAGUCACCUGGGGGUGCUUCACAGACGGACACCUCCCUCUGGGCUCCGCACCAGACUCUCCCCUUAAAGUGUCGAGGGUGAUUCUGAUGCGGCAAGUCUGAGGACAGGCAUUUGAUCAACUCUGACUAGUUCGCUGAUGGCUGAACCGCUAACCAGUCACUAGGUCCACAUAAAACCACAGCACAAAUGGCUUCUCUGACAUGGAGGCUCCCUGCACCAACAGAGAGUGUGUGAGGAAGAGGAUCUGUACCUGAAAUACGGUAAAGCAGUAUCUCCCCAAGUGUGUCCUCCAGAGCCAGAGUCUACAGCACGCUCAUAGGUGUUAUUUCCUCCCAAAGUGUUGAACUGGUCAACUUGGAAAACAAUUACAGUUCUCAGAGCCUUCAUCAUGCUAACUCGUGUUGUGACUUUCUCAAAGGGGUCAGAGUCUAGUGUACAGCAUUUCUCAGCUUCCUUGCUCCCCUUCCGAAGGUGCCCCUCCCAAGGUGGGAUGGGGUUUGGUAGAACACUCUCCAGGAAACACCAAAUGAAAAACAAAGGUGCUUUGGGAACCAAGCUGGCAGGGAUUGAUCAGGGAUUAGUCUAACCCUUGCCAUAACCAUCUUUCAGUAAUCAUAGAAAUGAGAGUCUGAAGGAGAAAGGCACUUCCUCUCAGAGAACACGUCCUGGUGUCAAUUUGUAGCCACAAAGGUGACGGUGGGACACCAAAUCAGACCAUGUUUCUCUUGGUUGCCAAGAGGAGGAGGACCAGGGCCUCUGCGCCCCUUCCAGGCUCCACCCACUGUCCCAUCCCCCGCCCCCCCCCCCCAGCCCAGGAGCGCAGGGGACAUACCGUUGAUGAUCCGGGCCACCCGCCACAGGCGGAGCAGAAUCAGCAGCCCUAGAGCCUCAAACUCAUGCUCCCGGAAAAGGAGGACAACGUCGAGGAUGAAGGAAACCACCACGACGAUGGCGUCCAGGAUUUCAAACUUGUGGUGAAAGAACUCCAAGCGGAAGACAAAUAUUUUAAAGAAAAUCUCCAUCAUAAAAAAGGUCAAGAUGGCAAUGCUCAUGUAGUGGAACACCUGAAGGGGACAAGGAGAUACAGAGUAGACUCAGGCUGUCAUGGGCUGGGGCAGGUCACACGGACGAGCUGGCCUUGAAUGCCCCUGCCCAGUCACCGAGAGAAUCCAUUCAUUUGACCAAUCGCAAAUUCCUGCCAGCACCAGGCGCUGUUCUCGGGCUGGACUGUGGCUGAGAACAGCACACACGUUGCUCUCUGAAGGGCAAUGGGGCAAUGGCAGUUGAAAACAUCCGCCAUGCCCUUUGGCCCUGCAAAGCUCACGCGUGCACAAAGACAGUAAGGAUAUUUACUGCAACAUCAUUUGCAGAACAAAAGAUUUUCUACAUUGUUUGGAGAACAACAGAAACGUCCACUAGACUAGGGCACUUGUUAAAUGCAUUAUGGUAUCUCCACAUGGAGCAUUACGCAAUUGUUCAAAAGACCAAGGCUGAUCCGUAUGUAUCGACUAGAAAUGAUGGUAAGAUGGUAAGUGAAGAGAGUUCCCAGAUCUUGAUUUAUAAAUACUAGCCUUCACUAAAGUAACCUUUUCCAUUCUGGGGCAGGGAAAGUACGAAUGAGCUGGGACAUCAUCCAGGGCCAGAAAACAAGGAAACGCUCAAAGGCUAUGGAGUCAUGUCAAGAGGACAGAGCAGUCAGCUCGAAGAGGCUCACAGUGACCAAAUUUGGGACAGUUUGGAUAUUUAGUAUUUAGGGGCGAAGUGCCGUGAUGUCUAACUUACUUUUGAAUGGUCAGACAAAAAUAGAUGGGUGUGGGGUGUGUUUGUGGAUAGGUAUAUGUAUAAAGAAAGCAAAU